AUGUGGCUACAAAUCUUGUUUUUUCUUAUUUCAUGCUUUCUUCUUGGAAUAAUAGUUUACUAUUCAUUCAAAGACGUGGAAAUAAUAGACUCCCAGGAUGAAGCUCUUUGUGAUGCCUUUAUUUCAUCGGGUAAGCUCACAUUUCCAAAAAAAGAUUUAAAACACUAUUUCAAGUUAAGAGAUGAAGUUGGCCCACAGAAUGUAAGUAUUGAAGAAUUCCGUCUUAGACUUAGGGCAUCAAAUCCAGAGCUUGUUUCUGAGAUGAAGAAGGCUUUAUUAAGAGCAGCAAUGGCAGUACAAGAUAGUUAUUCCAGGAUUUCAUCAGAAUAUAUGGGGAAUAUGCAGUUGUAUAAGAAAUUGCUGCUUUCAGAAAAACAAUGGUUAUAUGUUGAAAGUUCUAUGGAGGAGCUUAAAGAAACUAUAGAGUAUAUAAGAGAUGAGGCAAGCUUAAUUCAGGAUUCUUGGGGAGAUUAUAUAUUUUUGGAUGCCAGGAAAUUAAAUGCUAUUAGAAAGCAACAAGAAGAAAUGCGUUUACAAAAAGAGAGACUUGCUAAGGAGAAAGAGUUAGAGGAGAAGAAAGCUAAGGAAAGAGAACUUAGUGAGAGUAAUCUUGCUGACAAGAUUGCUAGAGAGUUACUGGAUCAGGAAAAGGCUUUAGCAAAUAACGAGAACAAGAACAGUGGUAUUAAAAAAAGGAAAUAA